UGUGAAUUGAGGGUUCAAAGUGAAAGGUUAGGUAGUUUCCGUUGAAUUGUCAAAUGCGGGCAAAACAGCCAGGUCAGGUGUAACCAUUGUUCUCCCCAGGGCAGUCUGGACCCCAUCUUCCACUAUAAUCACAUCUCCAUCCAAACAGCGAUUACCCUAGAGGUACAUCCUACAGGACCCGUGCACUGCCUUCCAUCCUUCCUCAGGUCGCCCGCGGCUGUUCUACACCAAGUACAUAGGUAGCUCUCCAUCCCAUCCACCGGCUCCGACCCACGCCCCGGCUGCCUAGUCCCUUAACUAUUCCCUUCCUUUCGUCUCUUCUUCCUUCUUCUUUUUUUUCUCCAGCAACCCCCAACACCACACACAAUGGCCGAGUCGCAAUCCCCCGCUGCCGCCCCUGCGGCCACCACCAAGCCUCAUAAGCCUGAUCAGGAUGCCUUCAACGAGAACCUCGCCAAGGCCGAGAAGGAGUAUCAGGAUGCCCUGAAGAAAUACAACGAGAUCAAGGCCAAGGUUGAGCUCGCCGCUCCUAGCAAGAACAAGGACCAGCCCAGCCCCACCCAGAAGAAGCGCCAGGAGCUCAUCUCCCAGCUCAACGAGAUCCGUCAGCAGCAGGCCGGUGGCAAGAAUGCCCGCACCUCCAAGCUCGACCAGAUCAAGCGCCUCGAUGAGCAGCUCCGCAGCCGCAUUGCCGAGCAGAAGACGGCCCGCAGCAAGGUCAACUUCAAGUCCACCGAGGAACUCGACCGCGAGAUUGAGCGCCUGGAGAAGGAGGUCAACGGCGGCAUGAUGAAGCUCGUCGACGAGAAGAAGGCCCUCGCCGAGAUCUCCAACCUCCGCAAGCAGCGCAAGAGCUUUGCUGGCUUCGACGAUGCCCAGAAGCAGAUCGACGACCUGAAGGCCAAGAUCAAGGAGAUCAAGGACAGCCUGGAGGACCCUGAGGCCAAGGCCCUCAGCGAAAAGUACAACAAGCUCCAGGCCGAGCUUGACGCCAUCAAGGCCGAGCAGGACGAGGCCUACAAGAACCUCUCCAGCCUUCGUGACGAGCGCACCAAGCUCCAGCAGCUUCAGUCUGAAAAGUACCAGGCCAUCAAGAAGCUCAAGGAUGAGUACUACGGCGCCAAGAAGGAGUUCGCCAAGUGGGAGCGUGAGCAGCGCGAGAAGGCUCGCGAGAGACAGCAGGCCGAGCGUGAGCGCAUCGCCAAGGAGCGCCGCAUGGAGCGUGCCCAGAAGAUGCUUGCCGAGGCUUCUGACCCCGCCUACCUCGAGGAGAUCCGCCGUGCCAACUCUCUCCUCAAGUACUUCGACCCCAGCCACGAGGUCGCCGAGAAGGCUCCUCUCCUGGCCGACAAGGGCCUCGGUGCUCAGGCUCUUCGCAAGGUCGACGACUCUGGCCUCAAGGGCAUGAAGCUCGUCCGCAAGGAGGAGCGUGAUGACGACUACCUCCCUGCCGUCAAGAAGGGCAAGAAGUCCAAGAAGCCCACCGGUGCUGCCCCUGUCGCCACCGGCAAGACCUUCAGCCUCCCUCCCUCGGUCAUUGAGGACUGCAGCUUCGUCGGUGUCGAGCCCCCCAUGGCUGCUACCGAUAUCCCUGCUGCCGUUGAGAAGAUCAAGGCCAAGCUCGAGCAGUGGAAGGCUGACCAGCCUGAGCAGACUCGCAAGAACAUCGAGAAGGCCAAGAAGGAGAUUGAGCGCCUCGAGGCUGAAGAGGCCGGUGAGGCUUCGGGCUCUGCCACCCCCAAGAAGGCCGUCGAGGAGGUCACCGAGGGCGUCAAGAACGCCACUAUUGAAGAGAAGACUGAGGCUGUCGAGGCAUCCGCAUAGAAGCGCCGCCAUCGACGUCACGGAUCGUCUCGUUCUCUGACAUCUGAAAAGUUAUGAUUUGAGGGGGACCAGGACUCCGACGAGGUUCAGGUUGCCAGGUUAAGCGGGUAUUCGGGUCCUGUCAUCCCUCUUUUUCAUCCUUGCCACUACCGUCCGUUGCCCACAACGACGUUACAGCCGUGUCAGAUGUUGUGCGCAUCUA